AUGGUUCCACAGCUCACGGAAUGCUCUGUAACGCCAGUGGAGUAUCACGACGUGUCUGACGCAACAAUGACAGCUCUGCCCAUCUAUGACCCAGCUUGCUACCGAUGCUCUGAAGCUCGCUUUGCUGAUCGACUAUGCGAAACGCUGGACUACGAAUACUGUAAUGGACGACAAAAACAAAGACAGCCUCUCGAACUACAUUGCAAGAUCGCAAAGGAAAGGAAGAACGAUAAGGGAUGCGGUGAUGCGUUGGGUCAGACGCAAGUCAGAGCAGUGCAGAAGCCGAAUGCGAAGCACUGGACAGACAUCACAACGUUAGAAGAAAGAAAAUCUGGUGAAGAGCUGCUCGCUGUAUUACAUAUUAUUGUUACAGUUAUUCCAAGUAAAACUGACUUUAUA